ACAACGGCCUGCCAUACAGGUAACGUUUCCAUCCGUUUCACGGAAAUAAGUUAGCGACCAGACGCAGUCAGCUUCCAAUAGGGGAACUAAAAGAGUCACAAGUUUAUCUGGGAGGGAGUUUAUUUUGUGAACCUUCAAUUUAAAGAUAUGCUAAAGAACUGGGGAGCCUGGCUGGGUAAAGAAAACGAAAAUGAUCAAGUUAAAGAAAAACGGCAGCGUGUUGUUGGUGAAAAGAGGAGGGACGAUAAUCCGUUGGAAUAUGACGAAGAAAAACAAAUGAAUAUUGCCGAAAAAGACACUGAACUAUCCCAGCUUCUUCAAAAAACUCACAGUUUAAGUGACUCCAUAUUUAACUUUGCCAGCAAAGCUUCUAAGAAACUGACGGAGUCUGUUGUAGAAACGGCACAACGCCUCAAGAAAAGCAUGGAGGAGAGCAAACUAAACGAGUUUAUAGACAAGACCAUCCUGGGUGAUUUUCAGAAAGAGCAGGACAAGUUUGUUCUUGAGAGAGAAACUAAAAAAAUUGGUGUGCCUGUGCCACCGUGGGUCGGCUACGAUGAAGAGGACCUCAUACAGGAGCAAAUCUUAGCCCUCUCAUCUAACAAAAGUAAUUUUUUACGAAACCCUCCCGCUGGUGUGCAGUUUCAUUUCGACUUUGAGCAAACGUAUCCCGUCGCCUUGGCAAUGCUGGAGGAAGACGAGCUCCUCAGGAAGAUGCGCUUCCAUCUGGUCCCCAGAGAGUUGAAGGAGGAAAACUUCUGGAGGAAUUACUUCUAUCGAGUGUCUUUGAUUAAACAAUCGGCUCAGCUCACAGCUCUGACGUUACAGCGGGACCCAAAAUGUCUGGAUUCUGAUCGGACAGGUGCAGUUAAACAUCCGUGCUCCCCAACUGCCCAAAAACCCACACAGAAUGAGGUCGAAGGGACGGUCUCCACCAGGCUGCCCAUGUCCGAGUUUGUGAUUAAUGCUUUAACGUCGUCCACGAUUAAUGAGGAGGAGAUGCGCAAAAGUCUGAUUUUAGACAAAAUGGAACCGAAAAAACACAAGAUCAUUCCUGAGUGGGAGAGAGAGCUGCAGGCGCAGCUGGAGGAGUAUGACGUGUUGGCCGAUACCAAGAUCCACAAUGAAACCUGGGACAGAGAGAUCGAAGAGCUGCUUAACGAGGAACUGUGAUAACGGCUUGACCAGCAUCACGAUGAGAACGACCAACACAUUAGUUAUCCUCUAAGAAGUCUAGACUUACCGGCUAACGUCCUUUGUAAGGCCGUGACUAUCAGAAAGUCCUGACCUCGUUUGGACAAUAAAGCUCAGGAAGUUGUUGCCG